AUGCGCGCAGAGAUCGAUUCGCGCGUGCGUGCCGAGGCAUGCCAGCCAUGGAAGGAUUUCCUGGCGGGGCUGGCACGCGGCGUCACGCGCUCGGCCCUUGCAGCGGAGCUGGCGGAGGCAGCGCUGGCCGGCAAUGCUCCUGGCGUGCUCGAGGCCCUGGACAAGGGUGCUCUGCUGGAUGUGCCGAACGAGUAUGGCGAGACCGCCACGUUCCUGGCUGCACUGGCAGGCUCAUCCGAGGUGAUCCAGGUGCUCUUGUCUCGGAGGGCCGACCACACCAUUCGCGACAAUGCAGGCUUAA